UGACUAAAACUCUCUUAAACCUUCUCUCUCUCUCUCUUCUUUACAGUCUCCAAACAUAAGAAAGGAAGCUCCUUUUCUUUUACUCUGUUCCUUCCACUUGUGGGCUAUACUUAUUUGGGGUGUGGUUAAAGGAGGAGGAGGCAGAAGUUUUCAAGUUAACACCAGACAGCUUUCGAUAGUGGUUGUUUUCAGUUUCAAAAGGUGGGGGUGGGGGUUAGGGUUUAGGUUUAACAAGUUAUGCGAACAGGUGGUUAUACGAUUCAACAGACACUCACUACAGAGGCUGCUUCUGUCUUGAAGCAAUCUCUCACGCUAGCUCGGAGAAGAGGCCAUGCUCAGGUCAGUCCUCUCCAUGUAGCAGCUACAUUAUUGUCAUCAAGGACAAGUCUUUUGAGAAGGGCGUGCAUCAAAUCCCACCCUGGUUUUUCACCAAAUUACCAGUUUGCCCCUUCUCUUCACCAUCACCAAAACCAUCCUCUUCAAUGCAGAGCCCUCGAGCUUUGCUUCAACGUCGCACUCAACAGGCUUCCCACUAUCCCCGGUCCCAUGUUCCACGGCCAGCCUUCUCUCGCGAACGCCCUCGUCGCCGCGCUCAAAAGAGCUCAAGCUCACCAGAGACGAGACUGCAUCGAGCAGCAACAACAGCAAACGCAAACGCAGCCUCAAACGCAGCAAACGCAGCUGCUUGCUGUUAAAGUGGAGCUAGAACAGUUGGUUAUAUCCAUCCUCGACGACCCGAGUGUGAGCCGGGUCAUGAGAGAAGCUGGGUUCAACAGCACCGCCGUGAAAAACUGCGUCGAGGAAUGCUCCGUUUCCUCGGUCUUCUACGGCGGCUCCGUCGUCGGAGUUUUCUCGUCUCCGAACUCUCCCGAUCAACAGCCAAACAUCAACAUGAGUCGGUUUCACCACUACCAAAACCCUAAAGACUUCAACUUUCUAAACCCUAACAUCCCUUUAUGGCAAACCCAGUUCUUAAACCACCAAAACCCACUUUUAAUCUCCUCUUCCCCUCAUCAUCAGCGCCUGAGAGAAAACGAUAUGAAACUCGUGGUUGAUGUUCUUCUGAGGAAGAAGACGAAGAAGAAGAACCCUGUGAUUGUCGGAGAUUCCGUCUCGUUCACGGAAGUGUUCGUCUCUGAGCUGAUGGGGGGGCUAGAGAGAGGAGAGCUCGGGGAUUUAAAGCAGACCCAUUUCGUCAAGUUUCAGUUUUCGCCAAUGGCCUCCAAGUUCAUGAGGAGAGAAGACGUGGAGAUGAACAUAAUCGAGUUAAGGAAGAAAGUUGUUUCUCUCACGACCAGUGGCAAAGAUGUAAUUAUCUUCACUGGUGACUUAACGUGGACAAUCAAUGGUGAGAUAUCAUCGUCCUACAGUCCUUUGGAUCAUCUAGUUGAAGAAAUUGGGAAACUAAUCGCUGAAUACGACGACGUUGAUGAUCAAAUCCGUGGUUCUAAGAGGAGGGUUUGGGUAAUGGGAACAGCUUCGUUUCAGACAUACAUGAGAUGUCAAAUGAGACAACCUUCGUUAGAAACGUUGUGGGCUCUUCAUCCUGUCUCUGUCCCAUCUUCAGCUAAUCUUGGCUUAAGCCUUCAUGCGACAAGUGGACAUGAGGCAUGGAACAUGAGCAGUAGUGUUAAUGCGACAAAGUCCUUUUCUGGUUACAAUAAAGCUGAGGAAGAAGAGACAAUAAGCUCUGUGCUAAGUUGUUGUCCUGAGUGUGUUUCUAGCUUUGAGAGAGAAGCAAAAGCGCUUAAAGCUAAUCAAGAGAAGCUCUUGCCUUCUUGGCUCCAAUCUCAUGAUGGUGACAACUCUCCACACAAGGAAGAGUUAAUGGGACUGAGGAGGAAAUGGAACAGGGUUUGUGAACAUAUACACAAUCAGACAAGACGCUCUCCUCUGAUGGGGUCAAGAUCUGUAUCUUUGAUUGAUUCGUUGGGGUUAAAGCCGAAUCAUCAGCGAGCCACAAACUCGAUUGCCAAGUUCAGGCGUCAGACUUGUUGCGCUAUUGAGUUUGAUUUGGGUGGAAACGACUACGAGAAGGGUGAAUCAAUCAACGAAGCUGAAGAUGAUGACAACGAGAACGUGAAGACCACUCUUGACUUAGGGCGUUCUCUGUUUCCACCAGAUUCCGUAAUAGAGACGAGAAAGAAGAUCAGUGGUUUGGUGAAAGCUUUGGAGGAGAGUGUUCCCUGGCAAACUGUGACAAUGCGUUUGAUUGCUGAGAGUUUGAUGGAUUCCGUGUUGAACAAGAAAAACGGCUGGAUUAUGAUAGAGGGCAUCGACACAGCCGCGAAGAGGACCAUAGCUCGCACUGUAUCUGAAUCUGUUUUUGGCUCUUUGGAGUCUCUCGUUCACAUUGACCUUAAGAAGAAAGACAGCGACUUUAAGGCAAGAGGACUGGAGAAUGGCGAGAAGGUUGUGUUCUUGAUCGAAGACAUCGAUUUGGCUGAUUCACGUCUCUUGAAACUCCUUGCAGAUCGGUUCGAAGAGAAGCAGAAGAAUAAAACCGCCAUCUUUAUCUUGACGAAGGAGGACAAUGCGAGAAACAGAGACUCUGUUUUGCAAAUUGGCUUGGAGGUCACGGCACAGAGUCCUGGGAGAAAGAGAAAACCGGGAUCAGAUUUACCGGUUAAGGAGGGUAAGAUCAAGAAGGAAGCGUUCUCGAGGCAAUCAAGUUUCAAUAGCUCUUAUCUCGACCUAAACUUAAAAGCUGAAGAAGAAGGAGAGAUCAGUCCGAUCUCAAGCGACUUAACCGCGGAGGAAGAGACAGAGAUCUCUUCCAGCAGCACUUUUCUGAACAUGAUUCAGAACCGGUUUGUUCUUAACCGGUCAUAUCAACCGGGAAUCGAAAAGGCAAUGAUGAUGGCGGCUUUCAGGGAGGUUUUUCCUGAAGAAGAAGACGGCAGUGGAGUUAGGUUUAGCGUGGAGGAGAAGUUAGUGAAGGAGAUUAGCGGCGGCAGUUACGUUCAGAGCGGUGCGUUUGAGAGUUGGUUAAAGGAGGUUUUCAAAACGGGGUUACUAACGGUUAAAAAAGGCGGGGAAAAGGAUACGGGUGUAAUUAGGAUGGUGUUUGGGGGUAUAGUUGACAACAACAACAACAACAAACAAUAUGGUGGUGGGGUUGGUGGGUACAUGGGUACAUGUCUUCCGAACAAAGUCCAAGUUUCCAAGUUCGAGUAGAUCUUUCGGUUUAAAUUUCGUUCGUUUUAUUUUGUUUAUUUUCGUUUUCAAUGUAAAAUUUCCAUUACUAAUGUGGGGGUUUGACUGGUGUAACUCUUUUUUCUUUUCAGUUGACUGUAAUAUAAAUGCGUUUUUAAA